GCUGCGGCUCUUCCCUUUUGCUUUCGCGGAGCGGUCGGGGCUGCACACUGGGAUCGGCGGGCCGGCUCCCGGGCCCGGCCGGCUGCAGGAGGGAGGGCCGGCGGGCGUGUGAGAGGCGGGAGGGCGCGAGCGGAGCCCCGGGCGCACGUACGCCCCGGCGCCGGGAUUGAUCGGCUCGCGAGGAGAGCGGAGCAGGCGCGCGGCCCAGGCGGAGGAGCGCCGACUCUGGAGCAGCCGGAGCUGGAGGAGGAGGAGGAGGAGAGGCGGCGGGGAAGAAGGAGGAGGGGGCGAGCAGCUCCGCCGCGCGAGCAUGGGGCGCCUGGCGCCGAGGCCGCUGCUGCUGGCGCUCCUGUGGCUGGCGCUGUGUCGGGGGCGCGUGGUGAGAGUCCCUGCGGGGACCCUGGUCCGGGUGGUGGGCACCGAGCUCAUCAUCCCCUGCAACGUCAGCGACUAUGACGGCCCCAGCGAGCAGAAUUUCGACUGGAGUUUCUCGUCCUCGGGCAGCAGCUUUGUGGAGCUGGCCAGCACCUGGGAGGCGGGCUUCCCAGCCCAGCCGUACCGGGAGCGGCUGCAGAGGGGCGACAUCCUGUUGAGGCGAACGGCCAAUGACGCCGUGGAGCUGCACAUACGGAACGUCCAGACCCCGGACCAAGGCCACUACAAGUGCUCAACGCCCAGCACGGAUGCCACUGUCCAGGGCAACUAUGAGGACACCGUGCAGGUUAAAGUGCUACCCGACGCCCUGCACUUGGGCCCAAGCGCAAGGCCCGCCCCCAGCCUGAGCCUGCGGGAAGGCGAGCCCUUCGAGUUGCGCUGCACAGCUUCCUCCGCCUCGCCACUGCACACGCACCUGGCAGUACUGUGGGAGCUGCACCGCGGCCCCGCCCAUCGGAGCGUCCUGGCUCUGACCCACGAGGGCAGGUUCCGCCCGGGCCCCGGCUACGAGCAGCGCUAUCACAGUGGGGACGUGCGCCUAGACACCGCCGGCAGCGACGCCUACCGCCUCUCCGUGUCCCGAGCGCUGUCCGCCGAUCAGGGCACCUACAGGUGCGUUGUCAGCGAGUGGAUUGCAGAGCAGGGCAGCUGGCAAGAAAUCCAGGAAAAGGCCGUGGAGGUAGCCACCGUGGUGAUGCAGCCAACAGUUCUCCGAACAUCGGUGCCCAGGAACGUGUCUGUGGCUGAAGGCAAGGAUCUGGACCUGACCUGCAACAUCACCACGGACCGAGCAGACGACGUGCGGCCCGAGGUGACGUGGUACUACAGCAGGACGCCGGACAGCACCUUGCCCGGGCCCCGCGUGCUGGCCCGGCUGGACCGCGACUCCCUGGCGCACAGCUCCCCUCACGUUGCUUUGAGUCACGUGGACGCACGCUCCUACCAUUUACUGGUUCGAGAUGUUAGCAAAGAAAACUCUGGCUACUAUUUCUGCCAUGUGGCACUCUGGGUACCAGGCCACAACAGGAGCUGGCACAAGGUGGCAGAGGCCAUGUCUGCUGCAGCCGCUGUGGGCGUGACCUGGCUAGAACCAAGCUAUCAGGUAUACCUGAAUGCGUCCAAGGUCCCCGGGUUCUCAGACGACCCCACCGAGCUGGAAUGCCGGGUGGUGGACGCGAGGAGCGCCGAGGCGGGCGUCCGCUUUACGGUCUCGUGGUACUACAGAAUGAACCGCCGCAGUGACGACGUGGUGACCAGCGAGCUGCUUGCAGUCAUGGACGGGGACUGGACGCUGAAAUACGGCGAGAAGAGCAGGCAGCGGGCCCAGGACGGAGAGUUCAUCUUCUCUAAGGAGCACACGGACACGUUCAAUUUCCGGAUUCAAAGGACUACAGAGGAAGACAGGGGCAAUUAUUACUGUGUUGUUUCUGCCUGGACCAAGCAGCGGAACAACAGCUGGGUGAAGAGCAAGGAUGUCUUCUCCAAACCUGUCAACAUAUUUUGGGCGUCAGAAGAGUCGGUGCUCGUGGUGAAGGCGAGGCAGCCAAAGCCUUUCUUUGCUGCAGGAAAUACGUUUGAGAUGACUUGCAAAGUGUCUUCCAAGAACAUCAGGUCGCCGCGCUACUCUGUUCUCAUCACGGCCGAGAAGCCCGUGGGGGACCUCUCCAGUGCCAAUGAGACCAGGUACAUCAUCUCCCUGAACCAGGACUCUGUGGUGAAGCUGGAGAACUGGACAGACACCGCGCGGGUGGACGGCGUCGUGUUAGAGAAAGUGCAAGAGGAUGAAUUUCGCUAUCGAAUGUACCAAACUCAGGUCUCCGAUGCGGGGCUGUACCGCUGCGUGGUGACAGCCUGGUCCCCCGUUGGUGGCAGCUUGUGGCGAGAAGCAGCGACCAGUCUCUCCAAUCCCAUAGAGAUUGACUUCCAAACCUCAGGUCCAGUUUUUAAUGCCUCUGUGCACUCGGAAACACCGUCAGUCACCCGGGGAGACCUGGUGAGAUUGUUCUGCAUCGUCACCGUCGAGGGGGCCGUGCUGGAUCCAGAUGACAUGGCCUUCGACGUGUCCUGGUUUGCUGUGCACUCCUUCGGCUUGGACAAGGCCCCCAUCCUGCUGUCCUCGCUGGACCGGAAGGGGAUUGUGACGACAGCCCGGAGGGACUGGAAGAGCGACCUCAGCCUGGAGCGCGUGAGCGCGCUGGAGUUCUUGCUGCAGGUGCACGGCUCCGAGGACCAGGACUUCGGCAACUACUAUUGUUCCGUGACGCCGUGGGUGAAGUCGCCCACGGGCUCCUGGCAGAAGGAGGCAGAGAUCCAGUCCAAGCCCAUCUUCAUCACCGUGAAGAUGGACGUGCUGAACGCCUUCAAGUACCCGCUGCUGAUCGGCGUGGGCCUGUCCACCGUCAUCGGGCUCCUGUCCUGCCUCAUCGGGUACUGCAGCUCGCACUGGUGUUGCAAGAAGGAGGUGCAGGAGACGCGGCGGGAGCGCCGCCGGCUCAUGUCCAUGGAGAUGGACUAGGCUGCGGGGAGGGAGGGACGUUCAGGGCGCAGCGGGGCGAGAAGAGGACCGCGGUCUGGGAAAACGAAGCGUGUGACACGGAACACCAGUCCUCUCUAAUCUCAGGUGGGACUCGCGCGCGCUCUCUGCCGCAUGUCAAGUUCUGAGCGCAGACAUGGUUACCAGCACACAGCUCUUCCUCCCACGGCACUUUCACUUUCCGAAAUACAGAGUCCAGUGUGUGUUUCCCGAGCGCGGCUUUCUAAUGGUUAACCUGCGUCUAGUUUUUUUUUUCUUCUCCUACUGGUUUAUAGAUCCGCUGACUUGUGCGUGUUUAGAGCUUUUCGUUGCGAGAGGUGGCGGUGAGGGAAGGGGUGAAGGCCUUGGGAGUUCUUGGUCUCGGGUGGGAAGGCACCUGCCCACCGAGAGUCGCCGUCCAGUGGGGGCGGCGGGGGCUGGAUUGGGGCUCGGCUUCCACCCAGUACGGAGCUGGAGGCAUGGCUUGUGCUGCCCCGCCCCGCCCCCUAUUUUCAGGGGUUUAGACAACGUUGGAAAUCUAAACUUGGAGUAAGUAACUUCUCAUUGAGCCCAAAUGCAUUUUUUUUUCAACCCCUUCGCUUCUCUGCCCCUUGGCCACUCGUUUUGUGUUUGUUUUUUGUGCGAGUGCUGAAACGGCGGCCCUGGAAUCCAGAACUUGGCUCUCCACCGAGCACCUUAUCUUGCCACCUUAGCCUUAAGAAAGAGAAUGGAGACAAAUACGCAGCCACCUCUGCCCAGGGCAGGAAGAAGGUCUGCGAGGAAGGGCAGGUUGGAGACAAGGAGCGGAGCAGACACUACCCAACGUGGACAGUUCUGAGGCCCUGGGCCCCGGGGUGGGGGAGCCUGCAGGGGAGCCAGGGGGGACCCUCGGGAGCUUGAGCAGAGGCCUAGUAGUGUGGGGGCACCUUGGAGUUCCCCUCGGGUGCCCCUUGUGGGAGGCAGAGGAACUGCAAGUGGGUCAGCUCCCGCAUGCGCUGCCCCUUAGCACAAAGGCAGAAAACUGCGGGCUUCCAGGAAUCUGGCGUUGUUUGGAAGAACCACGUCUUCUUCGACCUUUUCUGCCCUUCAGGGCUCUUUAGGAUCCCCCGCAGGGGUUAGCGAGGAAGGGUGUACUCUGCGGCGUGUUUGCUUCCCUAUUGGGAGCACGAGGGAGACCCAGCAAUUCACUGGCACAUGACCAGCCUGGAAAGUGGGAUUGAGAGCAGGCCGACCGGCCCGGCCGUACCAGCCAGGCACAGGGCAGCAGGCAGGAGCACCUUCCCAGGCCCCGGCUUGUGCUGUCCCACACUGGGGGCCCUGCAGGGUCUCUGAGGCUCGCUGGUGCCUGACUGCAACCCUCUGAGCUGUCAUCCUGGCCCCAGAGCAUCUAGCGCCACCCAGUCCGUUUGUUUUGAGCAAUAAAGUAAUGCAACAUGAUGGCCAUUCACGGGUGGCUCCUUGUCACCUCGGGGCUGGAUGAACCAAGCUCCCUGCUGGGCUCGCCACCUCCUGCCCCUGCCCCUCUCUGCUGGCCACCACUGGUUCUGCACUUACCGCCCGAGGCAGAGUUCCCCCGGGGCUCCCCUGCUCUGCCCACCGAGAUGCCCACGUGGGUUGGAAAUUCUACAUUCUGCCUCAGGCUCAGCACAGAGGCGCUGCAGGCCCGGAGUGUGGCGGCAGGAGGAGGAGGCAGCAGCCUCAGUGGUGGCACAUUUGGGCAUUUUCUAACCACGCUUUUUGGGAGGAGGUACAUCCCAGGUGAGAGGACAGGUGUCAACAGGUGCCCUAUCAGUAACAGCCGGGGCCCUGUUACCACACUUCCGGUAAAAGGAGAUUCAGGACUGUUAUAGCUCAGGUCCAUCCUAGAAGGUACUUCCGCUUGGCUGGGACCAGGCGGCCCCUGGUGUGGGUAGAUCCGAAGGCAGAGUCGCACCAGGCGCUCUGGAUGGUGAAAGUGAUGUGUGCUCACGCCGUGUGUACCUUCUUGCAAACAUGGUACAGUUCAAGGCUAGAGGUGUGGAGACAUGGACCUCCACCCUGAGCCUGGGUCUGUGGCCACUGCGAGUCACCUGGGGGCUGGGAGGCAAAGGGGAGAAAGCCCAGGGCUUUGUGCCAAGGAUGUAACCCCUUCCAGGGACGUGGCCUGGGAUGUGUGAGUGUGACACUCUUUCGUUGUACCAAAUAGGGUUCCCCCCACAAAGUGCUCUUCCGGAAGAGGCCAGCGGCACUGGUGUGAAUGCAGGAUGGACCUGGCCAGGCCUCACGCGACGAAAUUGCACUUCUUAACGAAAAGAAACUUUAUCUAUAAAGCUUGGGGUUUUUUUCUAAUCAUAAAAAUAUCUCCCCUCCCCUCCAGAAAGACCCUCACCCACGUUCAGAUAGAAGCCUCAAAACGACAGUCAUGCUCCUCGUAACGACGUUUGGGUCCCUGACCGCGGGGAAGCGGGGCAGCCCCGCGUGCUGGCAUCGUCUGUGACACCGUGGCGUCCGAGCUUGGGCGAGCGCCCCGCGCGUCUCAGACUGGGCGCCCGUCGUUAAGCGACACAUGACUGUACUGUAAAUUGUUUACUUUACGAUGUUUACAUCCACGUUUCACUUUUUAACAAAAAGAAAAAUGCAAACUGACUUUUUAACAACUUUGCAGAUUUUUCAUGGAUCGGUGGAACUCUGACUCACCAGCUGGAUUAAAUCCUAAUUUAGAAAUGUAUUUAUUUGUGUGUUCCCUCCUCCCCUCCCCCCCCAGCCACGUGGCUCCCUGAGCUCUGGGGUAGAGGAGGCCCCUCCUGCCCGGACCCUUGUUUCCCUGGUGGCUCUUGCUUCUUGCUUUGCAGACUGCCUGCAACCACGAUUUGUCACCGACAUCUGUGAGCCAAAGACUGAGCCUUUUUGGCAGGAAUAAUAAGCAAUACUACGUAACUUGCUACUUUCUGAAAAGUUGGGUGUUUGGUUUUUUUAGCUUCACCGAUGACAACAGAGGAAGAGGGAGCUGGGACUUGGGUAAGUUCUCCUCUGCUGUUUGACCAAAUUCUCAGUGAGAAAUCUGUGUGCAGAUCACAAGGAGAAAAAGGUUGACUUGCUUUCUUUUUUAGUGUGGCACAUAAGGAUCUGCAGGAUUUUCCGUAGACAAAGAAGGGGUCUUGUGGAUUUUUGUCCAUAUCCGAUGUUAUAUGAACUAAUUGUAUUGUUUUAUACUGUGACCACAGAUAUUAUGCAAUGCACCAUUUGUUUUUUAUUUCAUUAAAGGAAGUUUAAUUUAAA